AAGCUCUGAUAGUACCACAUCCCCGUGUCCCCGAAUUCCCGCCUUUGGUCAGUCCUCUGCUCAUGCCGCCUCCGCCUCCCUCCCCGCCACUGCCCCCGCAUCUCCUCCGCCACCUCCACGGCCGCACGCUCACCACUGAGCUCCUCGACCCCCUCAUCCGGUCCACCUCCUCCUCGCCGUCUCCCUCCCUCUCCUUCUCCCUGUUCAUCCUCCUCCUCCGCUCCGCCCUCCGCCCGUCCCACCUCACCUUCCCCUUCCUCGCCCGCGCCGCCGCGCGCCUGUCCUCCGCCUCCCUCGCGGCCGCGCUCCACGCGCACCCGCUGCGGCUCGGUCUCCUCCCCGCCGACCUCCACAUCGCCAACUCCCUCGUCCAUGCGUACGCCGCCUGCGCCCUGCCGGGCCACGCGCGCCGGGUGUUCGACGAAAUCCCCCGGCCCAGCCUCGUCUCCUGGAACGCGCUCCUUGACGGGUACGCCAAGUGCCGGGACCUCGUCGCCGCUCGCAAGGUGUUCGCUAGGAUGCCCGCGCGGGACGUGGUGUCUUGGAGCGCCAUGAUCGACGGGUGCGUCAAAUGCGGGGAGCACCGGGAAGCACUCGCGGUGUUCGAGAUGAUGGAGAACGCCGCUGCAGCGGAGGAGGAGGAGGAGGGUGGGGGCAGGUGCCCGGUGAGGGCGAAUGACGUCACGAUGGUGAGCGUGCUCGGCGCGUGCGCGCACCUGGGGGACCUCGAGCGUGGGAGGCGGGUGCAUCGGUGCCUCAGGGAACGGGACUUCGCUCUGAAACUCAGGCUCGCCACCUCGCUGGUUGACAUGUACGCCAAGUGUGGGGCGAUCCGUGAGGCGCUGGAUGUGUUCCGGGCUGUGCCAGUUGAAAACACUGAUGUCCUGAUAUGGAACGCCAUGGUCGGCGGCCUUGCGGUGCAUGGCAUGGGCACUGAGUCGCUGGAAAUGUUCCAGAAGAUGCAGCGUGCUGGUGUUGCACCAGAUGAGAUCACGUACCUCUGUCUGUUGAGUGCUUGUGUCCACGGUCGUCUGGUGGAUGAGGCUUGGAUGUUCUUCCGCUUGCUCGAGGAACAAGGGCUCAGACAGCACGUCGAGCACUAUGCUUGCCUGGUAGAUGUGCUUGGUCGAGCAGGGCGCUUGGAGGAAGCAUAUGGUGUCGUUAGGAGCAUGCCAAUGCAGCCCAGUGUUUCAGUGCUUGGUGCUCUCCUGAAUGCAUGUCAUUUACAUGGAUGGGUAGAGCUUGGUGAGGUAGUCGGCAGGCAGCUUGUCCAAUUGCAGCCAGAUCAUGAUGGCAGGUACAUUGGCUUGUCCAAUAUCUACGCAGUUGCUAGGCGGUGGCAAGAGGCGAAGAAAGCGAGAAAGGUGAUGGAGGAGAGGGGUGUAAAGAAGGUCCCUGGCUUUAGUGAGAUUGAUGUUGGUGGAGGAAUCUCCAGGUUCAUUGCCCAGGACAAGACUCAUCCAGGCUCGGCGCAGAUUUAUGACUUGCUGAAUCUGAUAGCAAUGGAGAUGAAAAUGAAGGAUGAUGAUGUCAUUCAAGAUUACCUUACUGCACACUGCUAGAAUCAUGGUUGCACCUGUGGAUCUCUCAGGAAACAAUUUCCAUGAACUAGUUUGGUUAUUUUUUCCAGAGUGAAUCUGGACAUAGUAUUUGUUGCUCUCAGCUCUGUCCACUGAAGCACUACCCAAAGCAUCAUUUAGGCUAAGUGGAGUCUAAACUGCCAGGUACAACCUAGUUGUGAGCAGAUCCCUCAGGGGACAGAUAUGUGCAGAUUAAGAAGCAACAUUUGUACCACAUUCUCUAUUGGAAAAAGAAACAUAAAAUGGUGGGAUUCAGAAGUAAUCUUGAGAUUCUCCUAGCUGCUUCGUGAAUUCAGUAAAACAAAGGAGAAAUUAAUGGCAAUCAUGAUUACUGUAUGUAUGUAUGUAUAUGGACAUUGCUCGAACAGCAGGCAGACAGUAUUUACAUCUGGGUAAGCUUUCUUCAGGAAUUGCUUCACCUGUAGCUACUGCUUUUAUGACAGAUUUGGCAAUAAGGUGAAAACCAUAUCACAGUGUGUUUCAUCUGUCAGAAGCAUGUGUGGAAACUGUAUUGGAGCAUGGAAUGUGCUAGGACCCUAGGAGCAUGUUCUGGCAUUUUUAUAUGGAAGAGCAUAAGCAGUUUCUGCCCUACAUCGCUUCGGGGAUGCUCUGGUGUUCCAAGUUCGCUGCUCUCGACAAUCUUUUGGACCAUCUCGAGCACCUCACUCAUCUUGGGGCGGUACCUAGCAUGGCGCACCAGGCACUUGUUUGCCACUAAUGCAAGCUGGGCUGCUGAUUUUAUGCUAUAAUUCCCUUGAAGCCUCGGAUCGAUCACAGUCUCAAGCUUCUUAGCGUCGGAAGAGUAGGGCUUCACCCAGUCCACGAGAUUCUGCUCGCCUCUCGGCCUAUUUCGGUCCAGAGGUCGCCGGCCUGUAAGGAGCUCAUAGAGCACCACACCGAAGCUCCAUAUGUCAUUCUUGGUGCUGAGUCGUCCUGUGUGGAUGUAUUCAGGAGCUGCAUAUCCAAUUGUCCCCACCACCUGUUUGAUUUUCAUACAGAACAAGAAUUUUAAUAAUGAUCCUUCAGCAGAUGUUGAUAUC